AUGGAAAACGGAACUAAUAUUUCCAAAGCUUGUAUGUGCACGGUCGAUAAAGACACUGUGUACAACAAAAUAUCGGCUAUAACAGAUCAAAUCAAAAAAUGUUUGCCUCCAAAUUUUAUUCCGACUGUUGGAAUUAUCACUGGAACAGGACUAGAUACCAUCACUUCGCGAAUAACAGACAGUGUUACCAUUCCAUACCAAAAUAUAAAGGGUCUUAAGUUUAGUAAAGUUAAAGGUCAUUCGAAUAUGAUAAUCGCGGGGAAAAUAGGUGCCCAUAAUGUUGUGUGCUUCGUAGGACGGUGUCAUUUCUAUGAAGGAUAUCCCAUGAAUGUAGUUACAAUGCCGGUAAGAAUCAUGAAACUACUCGGUGUUAAAUAUUUAUUCGUAACAAAUUGUUGUGGUGGAGUCAAUCCAUCCUAUAAUCUGGGCGACGUAAUUGUUAUUAAAGAUCACGUCAAUUUAGUCGGUAUGGCUGGGCACAAUCCGCUGGUAGGGGAAAAUGAUGACCGAUGGGGAACCAGAUUUCCUCAUUUAUUCAAUGCGUACGAUUUCGAUCUUCGAAUGAAAAUUGCAAAAGUAUGUCAAAAAUUAGAUUACCCAUACAGAGAAGGAGUUUAUUGUAUGAACACAGGACCUACUUAUCAAGCCAAAGCGGAAGGACGUAUGCUUCUUAGAGUGGGCGUAGAUUUAGUUGGGAUGAGCACUUUACCCGAAGUCACAGUGGCAGCUCAUUGCGGAAUAAAAGUUUGCGCUUUUAGUGUGAUUGCUUCGGCAAUCAAAUAUGAUGAAUUCUCUUAUGAAAUAUUAAAAGAUGAAGGGGACGAUAAAACCAAAAAUGGUGGUUCAUCAAAGAAAACCAACGAAUAUAAAGUGACGAAAAAUUUGGUAUCUAUUGACCAUGAGAGCGUCGUGAAGUCGGGUAAAAAGGGUGGUGAAAUUCUGGGACAAAUUAUUAAUGAUGUAAUUAUGAGUCUCGAUUAA